AUAAUAAUUCAGCAUUUACUAUUGCACCCGUCAUUGUUGAUCCAUCUGGCUGCAUACCUACGAACAAUUUACACCGCCUCAUAUGCUAUCAACCUUUUUUUCCUGCGUAUUUACUCCAUCGCCUUGCAGCAACCACCGGAUACGGCUGUACAGGAAUCAGAAUAAACUCAGAAUCCUCUAAGUUUUGAACCGAUUUGCACCAACGCCCGCCUAUCCAAACUGGCGAAUAGACGAGUACCUGCAUCACGAUUAUCGCCAAAAUGGGGUCAGCACCGCCGCUUCCCACGCGGUUUCCGUGCUGGUGCAGAGCUGUUUAUUCUUGGGGGGGAGAGUCGCAACACGAUCUGGGCUUCAUCGAGGGAGAUUUAAUAGAAUGCUUGAAUGCGGGAGAUGGAUCGUGGUGGACGGGCAGGUUACGGCGCAACAAGACCGUUGGUGUCUUCCCAUCAAACUUUGUCGAGGUAUUGCCAGACAAUUUUCGACCUAUCACCAGAUCAGCAAGUCCGUUGACUUCGAAUACCCCGAGUCCCACAAACGCGCCUCAUAAAUCGAAGUCGCGAAUUUUCCGCAAGCCAUUCGAGGCUUAUGCGAAAGCACCUCACUAUACCACAGCAAAACAACCUGAAAUAAUACGGGACGUAUCCAACACACCACCGAAACAUAGUUCUAGACAGAACUCGGCUAGUUCAUUUAGGAGCGCAGCACAACAUGGCGUUGACCGUGGUCCAUCACCAUUCGAGAUGCAGGGCCAGGGCUCGAGGGGACCAUCACCUGCACCCCCAGCGCACACUUACAAACCUAGAGCUGCGUCUCCCGCGCCUUCGAUGAAGCCAUACAACAACUCUAAUAGAACCCCUUCCCCUAUUCCGCCACAAAACUAUAAUUAUCAACGAGGACCAUCACCGGUCCCAUCUCCUAUGCACAAUUACGGCUCAAGGGCACCAUCACCAGCCCCGUCAUUUAGUUUUAAGCCGUACCGGCCCGGAGCGGAGCGCGACUCUCCUCCACCACCAGCCCCCCCUCCACAUCGUCACGUCGCCAGGGGAAAUUCGAACGCGUCACGUGCAUCUUACGACAGUCGACUCCCACAAGAAGGAUAUCAUACGCCGCGGGGUCCUUCCCCAGCACCCCACUCCCCAGGUGGAGAUGGAUUUACCCCCUCGCCAUUGCGCGAAGCUAUGGAUGGCGUAAUCGAGCAGUUAGACGCGUUAGGUAUGAAGCGCGGGAGCGACUCUCCGGAACCACAACUGGGUCCGUGGUCGCCGGAAUCAUUCGACCUAGUCCAUCAUCGGUCGAAAAAGAAGGGACAAGGCAGACCGUUGACUGCCAUGGGAUUGCCAUUUCAAGAUUCGGGUUAUGGAUCGUUUGACGGUGAUUCAUCACAGCAUAGCGCGCUCCAACCUGGGUUCCAACCACAAGAACAACCACUCCCGCAGCUGAACAAUUAUGUGGAAAGAAUGGAAAGUCGUCUUCGAAGGAUGCACCACAAAAGCUCGAGCGCGGAGGCAACUCAUAGUCAUAGUCGUAUGGAGGACCCAGCCUCGCCGCCACCGCCGCCACCACCUAAGAAUCCACUGUAUAGCAGGCCCAAGUCCUCACUGGCUGACCGGGCUUUUGGCGAACGUAAGUUCUUGCGCAGACAAAAGUCGAAUUAUGACGUCGGACAGUUGGAUAGAACAAGCACUACUAAGACGACUUCUACCAAUGCGUCUUCCGGUACCCGAAGCACUGCCACAACCAACACCAACAGGAGUAUAAUGAGUGGCACCUCGGCAGGCGGAAUCAGUGCUACUAGCGCUGGUAGCCUGGCUAGGAAACACCAACGAGCGCGGAGUGCCCUCGGUUUCCGAGAUGUCGAUGACGAUUGGGAUGCGAACAGGCCGACUACGCCCUUUACGGGGGUAUCUUACCACCCCAGCCAUUCCACUUCGGCUAUGCGGCCUCCGUCUCAGGGCGGCUUCCACGAGGACGGAAUUGCCGCUGUGGGAGGUCUCGUGCAGCCCGGGGCGGUGAAGCCGAAGAAGCAGAAUUUUAUUAAGAGAAUUCUAGAAGCGACGAAGACUGGCGUGGCAAGCGGUCGCAGUAGUAUUGCGACCGGCGCCGGUUCCGGGCAGGCUGCGUCAAACAGGCGAUCGAUGCAUCAUGGGGCCACGGCUAUUACAGGAGGAGUUAGUGCCCCGAACCUGUUACGAGACCCGGCCACCGACAUGGGACUUGGGAACGGCGUGGAUUGGGUCCAGGUACGACGGGAUGUGAACCGUUCGAACACGCUGUCCAAAAAUGAACAAAGUGAGCGACGCGACCGUUGUCUGAUGCUGGAUUAUCCGGCAAUAGAUCCCGUCGAUGAAUUCUACGACAGCGUGGAAGGGGACGAAAGCGCCAACGGUGACCCAGUCCGCGAUCCGAUCAACUAUCAAGCUAUCAACCUGAGUCAAGUGGACAAGAACUCACGGUUCCUAACCAGUCUACCGACCAUGACGACUGCGGUUACUCUCGCGACAACCUAUGUUUGUAGACCGUACCGAAGCGAUGUCCAGCGCCUCCGAGCCAUCUUUACUUGGGUUGCGGAGAAGAUCAACUGGGACGAAGACUUUGAAGGGGAAGUGGAUACGAGGCGAGUAAUCCAGUCAAAGCGAGCGUGCGCCGAAGAAUAUGCCGUUCUAGUUCACGAGAUGUGUGCCGCGAUCGGCAUCCACUCGGAGGUGAUCCGCGGUUACCUCAAGACGCCCGGAGAAGUUCCCGAAACCGGCAUCAUGCCUCGGUCGAACCACUGGUGGAACGCGAUCAUCAUCGACAGCGAGUGGCGCAUGAUGGACUGCUGCCUCGCCAGCCCCUCGAACCCGCGCCGCGCCCUCUACUCGAGCACCAACAGCGCGAGCGCCGAGUACUGGUGGUUCCUCACGCGGCCCAGCGAGCUCUGCUGGACGCACAUCUCGGAGCACCACAGCCAGCAGCACAUCUGCCCGCCCGUGGCGCACGAGACGCUGCUCAACCUGCCCGGCGCGUGCCCGCCCUUCUUCAAGCAGGAGAUCCAGAUGGUCGACUUCAACACGUCGCUGACGCGCAUCGAGGACCUCGAGAUGGUGCACAUCAAGUUCAACGUCCCCGCAGACAUCGAGGUCGCCGCCGAGGUCGAGGUGCGCGGGUUCACGCGCGACGCCGACGGCGACUUCUUCGAGAACGGCGAGGUUGUCAAGAAGCGCGCGCUCGCGCAGGCUGACUGGUACGGCGGCACCAAGCGGUACACCGUGAAAGCGCUGCUGCCCGGCGACGAGGGCAGCGGCAUACUGAAAGUAUAUGCCGGCAAGCGCGGCCUCAUGCACAGCAUCAAGGAUAUCCCGCACCCGCUCGCCUUCGCGCUGCCGAUCAUCCACACGGGCGAGAACCCCCCCUACGAGUUCGUCACGCGCCACCCCACCCCACACGCCCAGCGCCACGACAUCUACGUCGCGCAGCCGCAGUGCCAGCGCCUCGCGCUCAACAACACCUUCGUCUUCGCCAUCCGCCAGCACCCAUCCAGUCCAGCGGGCGGCAAUAGCAGUAUCAGCAACGCAGGAGGAGGCGGGUCGAGCCCCGUGCCGUCGAUGCGCCCCGGCAGCGCUAUGAGCAUGACGAGCAGCAGCGCCGCGGCGUCCAACCCGAGCUCCGCCACCGGCAGCAUCGCGGGGAAGAAGCCCGCGAAGCUCGCGAUCCAGACGCCCGGCGGCAAGAUCCUGAGGCUCAUGCGCAAGGAAGACCGCGGCGGCAACGGACGCUCCGGCAUCGGUGUUGGGGUCGGCAGUCGCAGCAAUGCGAGCGGCGACGAGGAGGCGAGCGACGGAGGCACGUGGGAGACGAUCAUCAAGUGCUCUGAGCGCGGCGUCUGGCGCGGACUGGUGCUCGCGGACCGCACGGCCAGGUGGUGCGUUUUUGCGGAGUGGAUCUGCAUCUGAACGUGGCCUGGCCUGGUCCGUUCGGUAUAUAUAUAAUAUCCCCAAAAGCCUGCAUUGUUUAUUGCAACGUUCAAUGAUAUCAGUACGACACAAUAUACCCCCCCCCACACACAUACACACACGUAUUACGCAAAGAAAGGCCCGUGGCACGUGGUUUACGACCGUGCUUACCUACGUACGUACUUACGACUUUAUUUCUAAUGGAGAUGAUCGACGC